CCAUCGUGUACUGUACAAUGCGGGUUAUCUUUCUCCGUGAGGUAGGUGCUGCCUGUAACGGACUUUCUUGUCGGUACCGAUUGUAACUGACCUUUUCUGCCUUUCGCUCCUUCCUUACAACAGGUAAGUAAUCGUUUUCUUUCGUUCACUUCAUCACUCAUUGACUCCUUCCCUCGCUGAAGAAUCCGAGGGCGACUCUGGCAAGAUAAGUUUCCCAUUCCCCUGUCAAAAUGCUUUAAAAACUAACACCAAGACUUCUUUGGCCUGCUUUUUUUUUAAAAAAAAAUUACAUGAUGUCUGACUCUGCCAACACCACCGUUCCUCCCACCACCACCCAAUCAACCUCUUCCGCCGCCGCCGCCACCCCCGAUUCUGGUGAGCGCGCACACCCCCUCCAACCACCUCAACUCCCUCUCACUCCAAACCCGCAACCGCCAUCCCCGGCUCACACACCGCCAAAGCACGCCGAGGACGCCCGCGGCCGCAGCUCUGCUCCUCCGCCUCUGAGCACUGGCUCGUUUGCGGCACCCUCUUCCAAAGCCCACCCCAGUGACGGCACCGGCCUUCCUCCUCCUCAGUUCCGUGGUUCCCGGUCUGCUUCUCCCGUCCGCAAAAAGGGGGGUCCCGGGCAGUGCUCUGCCCUCGCUGGCUUUGCCGCCGGGGCCUCCCAGGACCAACUCAGUGCUGCUGCCACUGCCGCUGCCGACCCCGCUGCAACCAUCUCCAGCGCAGACCCUGCCGCGGCCGCCUCCAGCGUCGUCUCUCCUGCCCCUGGCGGUGAACGGCCGCAAUUUCAAAUUUGGAGAAGGAGUUGGCGAAGGAGAAGAGGAAGAGGGAGGAGUUGGAGGAGGGGAUGAAGAAGGAGAAGAAGGAGAGGAACGAGGAGAGGGAGAGGGAGGGGGAGAAGGGGGAGAGGGAGAAGAGGGAGAGGGAGAUGGAGAUGGAGUGGGUGAAGAACCGGCUGGCCGCCCUUGAUAAGAGCAUGGCCGAGACAAAUUCGAGGGUGAGGAUGUUACUGGGG